UUAACUUGUCCUGCCCCCCACGCCCCCAUCCUCCCACCUUUUCUCUCCAGACUGCAGGAGAGGGGUCAAAGCAAGGUGAAAGUAGCUGUCUGCAACCUUAGAGCUGAACUUCCCUCAACACAGGGCCACCUGGAACCAGGGAGAGGCUGUCUUCAUUCAGCCCAGCACCUUGAAAGCCAGUGGGAGCCCUUCCAGCACCUUCCCCAAACCUUUCAGAAAAUGCAGCCAAGUCUCACUUUCUGAAGCCCAUCUUGCCCAGUGUGGGACCCCCUAGGCCCCUCAGCCACAGGCCUGGAAACAGUGGCCAGGCUUGAGGGUGGGGACAGAGCGAGCUAUUGCAUCUCCCCCCUCCCACCUCCCCCUACCCCACCAGGCAUCCUCCCAAAGUGGUGCCCUUUCUGAUAGGUGGAGACAGGCAGUUGGCGGCAAGGUUUACUCGCACCUGACUCCAGGCACUUUAAAGCAACCCCACCCACACUUCACGUAUCUGUCUCUUCCUGCACUUCAGCCUGUGCUGGCUUCUGGGCCCUCCCAGCGUGACAUGUCAGUCCCCCAAGCUGCCCCUAGACAAGGCCCUGGCCCAAGUGAGGAUAAAAGACCCUGACAUGCCCCCCAUGGCUGGGAACCCCUGCAGAGUCAGGCAAGCUACAGGGAGGCCCUGGACUAUAUAUUCCCUGCAUCCCCAGCGGGUCAGGGUUCCUGGGGCCGGUACCAGGGGAAGUGGGUCCCCUUCUUUCCAAAGGAGAGGCUUUUGCUAUGUGGGAAAGCCGGUUGGGUCACUUUUGUCCACUUAAGGCUCCCUUCUCCUUCCACUUGUUCACUCCAGCACCCUCACAGCUCCUACCUCCUUCCCUGCAUGGUGGGUGGAUAGGUGAAUGGGGGUGGGGCACAGGGUGGCAUCACUGGGAAGACAGAACCCAGGAAACCUUGCUAACCCCUCUCCCAUAAGCCCACCGGGGAUUCUUGUGCUUUCAGGCGGGCUCGCCCCCAGGGAGCCCCUGGGGCUUGACACCUAUGACUACCAGCAGCAAGCCCCAGCCCACUCCUCAGCCCCUGCUGGGGCCCCCCAGGAGCAGUGGCGCCCCCUGGAGGAGCGGCUGGGAAGGCUAGAAGCAGAGGUGACUGAGCUCAAAGAACAGAACAAGGACCUGCAGGCGAGGGUGAGGCAGUUGGAGUCCUGUGAAUGCCGCGCGGCUUCUCCCCAGUGCUGGGGCCUGGGGCGGGCCUGGCCCGAGGGGGCUCGCUGGGAACCUGACCCCUGUACGACCUGCAUCUGCCAGGAUGGGGCCGCACACUGUGACCCUGUGCCCGGCCUGCCCCACUGCAGCGGCUGCAGCCACAAUGGUCAGGCCUAUGGUCAUAGGGAGACUUUCUCCCCAGAUGCCUGCACCACCUGCCACUGCCUGGCAGGGACCGUGCGGUGCCAGGGGCCCUCAUGCUCAGAGCUCAACUGCCUGGAGAGCUACACCCCACCAGGAGAGUGCUGCCCCGUCUGCUGCACAGAAGGUGGCUCUCACCAGGAGCAUGGCCAAGAGUGGACUGCACCUGGGGACCCCUGCCAGAUCUGCCAGUGCCUGGAGGGCCACAUUCAGUGCCGCCAGCGAGAAUGCUCCAGCCUGUGCCCAUACCCGGCCCGGCCCCUCCCGGGCACCUGCUGCCCCGUGUGCGACGGCUGUUUCCUAAAUGGGCGGGAGUACCGCAGUGGGGAGUCGGUGGGCUCCGGGGACGCCUGCUCGCACUGCCGCUGUGCUAAUGGGAGUGUCCAGUGUGAGCCUCUGCCCUGCCCAGUUGUGCCUUGCAGACACCCAGGCAGGAUUCCUGGGCAGUGCUGCCCAGUCUGUGCAGGCUGUGAGUACCAGGGACACCAGUAUCAGAGCCAGGAGACCUUCAGACUCCAAGAGGGUGGCCGCUGUGUUCGCUGCUCCUGCCAGGCUGGCGAGGUCUCCUGUGAGGAACAGGACUGCCCAACAGCCCCCUGUACCCUGUCCGAUUCUGGCCCCCAGAUGUGCUCAGCCUGCGUACUCAAUGGAGAGGAGUUUGCUGAGGGGGUCCAGUGGGAGCCUGAUGGUCAGCCCUGCACAGCCUGCUCCUGUCGAGAUGGGGUGCCCACGUGUGCGGCUGUGCUCUGCUCCCCAGCUCCCUGCCAGCACCCCACCCAGGCCCCUGGUGCCUGCUGCCCCAGGUGUGAGAGCUGCACCUACCAUGGCCAAGUUUAUGCCAAUGGGCAGAACUUCACGGACUCAGACAGCCCUUGCUACAUCUGCCACUGCAAGGAUGGGACCGUGAGGUGCUCUUUGGUCGACUGUCCACCCACAACCUGUGCCGAGCCCCAGAGUGGCCCUGGCCAGUGCUGCCCGAGGUGCCCAGACUGCAUCCUGGAGAAACAAGUGUUUGUGGAUGGCGAGAGUUUCUCCCACCCCCGAGACCCCUGCCAGGAGUGCCGGUGUCAGGAAGGCCAAGCCCGUUGCCAGCCUCGGGCCUGCCCCAGGGCCCCCUGUGCCCACCCGCUGCCUGGGCCCUGCUGCCAGAAUAACUGCAAUGGUGAGGCCGACAGGAUGGGGGAGGGGGGGACACACUGUCUGAGCGGCAACGUGCAGUGCCUGGCUCGUCGCUGUCCUCCGCUGCCCUGUGCAGAGCCGGUCUCGCUGCCAGGAGAGUGCUGUCCGCAGUGCCCAGCCUCCCUCUCGGGUUGUCCGCUGCCGGGGGGCUUGGUCCCCGCGCGCCACCAGGAGCAUUUCUCCCCGCCUGGCGACCCCUGCCGCCGCUGCCUCUGCCUGGACGGCUCCGUGUCCUGCCAGCGGCUGCCCUGCCCACCCGCACCCUGCGCCCACCCGCGCCGGGGGCCCUGCUGCCCCUCCUGCGACGGCUGCCUGUACCAGGGGAAAGAGGUUGCCAGCGGGGAGCGCUUCCCUUCUGUCACCGUCCGGUGCCACGUCUGCCUGUGCUGGGAGGGCAGCGUCAGCUGCGAGCCCAGGGCCUGUGCCCCUGCGCAGUGCCCCUUCCCCGCUAGGGGUGACUGCUGCCCUGCCUGUGAUGGCUGUGAGUAUCUGGGGGAGUCAUACCUGAGCAGCCAGGAGUUCCCGGAUCCCCGAGAGCCCUGCAACAUGUGUACCUGCCUCAGAGGCUUUGUGACCUGCAGCCGCCGGCCCUGUGAGCCUCUGGGCUGCAGCCACCCGCUCACGCCGUCUGGGCACUGCUGCCCCACCUGCCAAGGAUGCCUCUAUCAUGGGGUCACUGCUGCCCCUGGAGAGACCCUUCCUGACCCACUUGACCCCACCUGCUCCCUCUGCACCUGCCAGGAAGGUUCCAUGAGCUGCCAGAAGAAGCCAUGUCCUCCAGCUCUCUGCCCCCACCCCUCUCCAGGACCCUGCUUCUGCCCUGUAUGCCACAGCUGCUUCUCUCAGGGCCUGGAGCACCAGGAUGGGGAGGAGUUUGAGGGGCCCACAGGCAGCUGUGAGAGGUGUCGCUGUCAGGCCGGCCAGGUCAGCUGUGUGCGGCCGCACUGCCCCCUCCUGCCCUGCCCACUCCAGGUCACAGAGCAGGGGAGCUGCUGCCCCCGCUGCAGAGGCUGCCUGGCUCAUGGAGAGGAGCAUCCUGAAGGCAGCAGCUGGGAGCCUCCCGACAGCCCCUGCUCCUCCUGCACGUGUCACAAGGGCAUCGUCACCUGUGCCCGCGUCCAGUGUGUCAGCCCCUGUGCCCAGCCCCACCAGGGGCCCAGCGACUGCUGCCCUCGAUGCUCGGACUGUGAGCAUGAAGGCCGGAAGUAUGAGCCAGGGGAGAGCUUCCAGCCUGGGGCAGACCCCUGUGAAGUGUGCAUCUGUGAGCUGCAGCCUGUGGGGCCUCCCAGCCUUCGCUGUCACCGGAGGCAGUGUCCCAGCCUGGUGGGCUGCCCUGCCAGCCAGCUCCUGCCCGCUGGGCCUCAGCACUGCUGCCCCACCUGUGCCCAGGCCCUGAGUAACUGCACGGAGGACCUGCUGGGGUCUGAGCUGGCCCCGCCAGACCCCUGCUACUCCUGCCAGUGCCAGGACCUGACCUGGCUCUGCAUUCACCGUGCCUGUCCUGAGCUCAGCUGUCCCCCAUCAGAGCGCCAUUCCCUUCCUGGAAGCUGCUGCCCUGUGUGUCAGGAAUGUGUGGUGGAGGCCGAGGGCCGGAGAGUAGCGGAUGGAGCGAGCUGGCGCCACCCCGGCAACGCCUGCAUUACUUGUACCUGCCACUGGGGCCAAGUGGAGUGCCACCUUGAGGAGUGCCAGGCCCUCUCCUGCCCUCACGGCUGGGCGAAGGUGCUGGAGGCUGGCAGGUGCUGCGAGCAAUGCCAAGCUCCUGCCCAGACGUGCUCGCAUCAGGGCCGAGAAGUGGCCUCCGGGGAGGGCUGGGUCGUGGACGCCUGUACCAGCUGCUCUUGUGUGGCUGGCACUGUGCGCUGCCAGAGCCAGCGCUGCCCGCCGAUCUCCUGUGGCCGGGACAAGGCCCCCGCCCUGAAUCCCGGCAGCUGCUGUCCCCACUGCCUGCCCCGGCCCGCUUCCUGCAUGGCCUUCGGAGACCCUCAUUACCGCACUUUCGACGGCCGCCUGCUGCACUUCCAAGGAAGCUGCAGCUACGUGCUGGCCAAGGACUGCCGUGGAGGGGACUUCAGCGUGCACGUGACCAACGAUGACCGAGGCCGAAGCGGCGUGGCCUGGACACAGGAGGUGACAGUGCUUCUGGGAGACAUGGUUGUGCAGCUACUGCAGGGCGGGAAGGUCACGGUGGAUGGACGCCCCGAGACCUUGCCCUUCCUGAAGGAGCGGCUGCUGUACGUGGAGCUGCGGGGACGCACUGUGAUCCUGCACGCCCAGCCGGGGCUCCAGGUGCUGUGGGAUGGGCAGUCCCAGGUGGAGGUGAACGUGCCAGGUUCCUACCGGGGCCAGAUUUGUGGGCUUUGUGGGAACUUCAAUGGCUUCGCCCAGGAUGAUCUGCAGGGCCCCGAGGGGCUGCUCCUGCCCACUGAGGCUGCAUUUGGGAAUAGCUGGCAGGUCCCAGAGGGGCCAGGACCUGGUCGGCCCUGUUCCAAAGGCCAAGAGGUGGAUCCGUGCCGGACGGCAGGUUACCGUGCCAGGCGUGACGCCAAUGCCCGGUGUGGGGUGCUGAAGUCCUCCCCAUUCAGUCGCUGCCACGUUGUGGUGCCACCAGAGCCCUUCUUUGCUGCCUGCGUGUAUGACCUGUGUGCCUGUGGCCCUGGCUCCUCAGCUGAUGCCUGCCUCUGUGAUGCUCUGGAAGCCUAUGCCAGCCACUGUCGCCAGGCAGGGGUGACGCCUGCCUGGCGGGGCCCCACACUCUGUGUGGUGGGCUGUCCCCUGGACCGUGGCUUCGUAUUCGAUGAAUGUGGCCCGCCCUGUCCACGUACCUGCUUCAACCAGCACGUCCCUCUGGGGGAGCUGGCGGCCCACUGUGUGAGGCCCUGCGUUCCUGGCUGCCAGUGCCCCGCAGGCCUGGUAGAGCAUGAAGCCCACUGCAUCCCACCUGAGGCCUGCCCCCCAGUCCUACUCACUGGAACCCAGCCACCCAGCACUGUGCCCAGCCCCAGGCGGGAGCCCCAGGGGGCACCCUGAUCCAGGACGGCACCGACCAGGACUCAUCAUCCCCUUAGAGAGCAGCUUCCAACCUCACCACAGCUCCUGGGCACUGAGAGCCUGGGCCUGUGUCUCACAAAGACCCCGGCUGUGUUGAGUCAGAAGCAGUAAACUUGGGGCCUGCCCU